CCGUCGCCACAGAGAAAGUCGUGUUCCAACACCGCCGACACUGUCGGACGCUCUCUAGUUGGGAGAAGGGCACCGUGACACUCUAUUCGGGUGGUUAGCCCUUGGUGGAGAAGGUGGUUUUACUGCCUCCAGUGGUGGUGGUGGUGGAGGAGGCAAAAAUUCGAAGCGUUUACAGGGUGGAGAAAGAGAAAGAGAGAGAGGGAGACGAAGAAUAAGAAGAAGAAGAAGAAGAGUAGCAGCAGCAGCUUGCUACUCCAAACUCGAUCUCAAGGGGCAUCGUCCAUGAAGGGAAAGGAUGGUGCCUUUUCUCCAGUGCCUCUGAGAAAACCAGACCAUGUGCCUCAAAGCAGUGUGGUUCAGUACUGUGUUUUUGGUGUCAUGAGGAGAGGGUGGUUGUAGAAGGCCCCACAGCCACCUAUCUCGUCCUCCCUUCCCUGGAAAUUGAUGAUAAUAAGAUAUAAUAUCGAGUAGAAUCUUGUCCUCGCACCGUCGAGAUUCGAAGGAGAAGAAGUGGAGGAGGAGGAUCAUCAGCAAACAGCGAGAUGUGGUCCUCGGGCAAUUUGAGGAUCGUGCCGUGGAGCACCGUUGCAAUUGUGCUGAUGUUCGGUUGCACGGUUCAGGGAGAAGAGAACCACACACAGAUCGUCUAUAUUCCAAGAGGCAGUCGAACAGAAGAGGUUGUUGAUUUUCGACUUAUGCCAAAAGGUAACAUAAUGUGCUAUGAAUGCUCCUCAUGGACACACCCGCUGUGUGAAGACCCAUUUAACUUUACUCUUCCUGUCGAGAAGGGACCCCCAUCUAAGGCAUGUGACGGAUGCUGCGUGAAGCUUGUUCAGCAUAUCGGAACUCCGUAUGCUUCCAUCCGGAGGACCUGUACGAAGAAUCUGCAGAUCAACCUGUUUAUGGUGGACCAUGUGUGCAUGAUGGAAAGUAGCGGUCAGGGCCACAUGUGCUUCUGUGAAGAGGACUAUUGUAAUGCAGCCCCACCCUCCUUCAGAUCCCCCCGCCAGCCAUGGGCCCCCCUCCUUCUCCUCCUUGUUCCUCCCAUGCUUUUGCAUGCCCUUCUGGCUUGGGACCCCAGAUAAACAAAUGAUUCAAUUCUGACUUUGCCUACUUACUUAUUAUUAACUCGUUGCUAACUACUGACCACUAUUAUUACUUCGACUGUUUCUAACAUUAACAUUACUACUAUUACUCUUACUGUUAUUGUUAUGAAUAUCUUUAUUUUUCUCCUCACCUUUAAAAUUAAUUUUUUUUUCUCUUGGUAGUUUAACUUUCUUUCCCCUUAUCAAUUUUCUCUGUUUAUUUGAGUUAUCUUGGUUUCUAUCUUGUUCAUAGAUUAUUUUUGUUUUUCUCUUUUAAUACAAAUAUUUUUGAAGACCUAUUUUCCCCACUUACGAAUAUUAAUUUUUUUUCUUUUCCAUUGUGCCUGUUACUGAUUACAUUUCAUUCUAGAAUUAUUCUAGAAUGAAGGAAUGCAUAACUAUGAAUUUUUCACAUUUUUCCUCACGUUUUUGUUGGUUUGUUUUUUGCCUUUUGCUAGAUACUUGCUCAAGCUGACUUGUUGAUUCAUUUCGAAUGUGCUAUUUCUGCAUAUUCUGACCGAUGUAGCAUACAAAAGCGUCAUUACAUCGUUUCUGAUCCACUCCCAAUUCACUUUAGGCCUUUUUUUUUUCUCCCCUUCUCAUUUUAGGCUUUAUUGCUUUACUGGAUUUGUUUUCAAGUCUACAUUGUGGAAGGGAAACAGAUCUUCAUUGCUAGUGCCAACUUUUACUCAGAUAUACAAAGAUUUUUUUCUCCUUUCAGUUGGAUGUUUUAUUUUUCUAAACCUUUCUCUUUCUAUUUGAAUUUGACGUCUUUUCACCUAUGUACGAUUCUCUUUUCACAAUUGUUUUAGGUUUGUUUUUCGACACGACUUCACAGUGAAAACAAUUCAACUUUAUUCUCAUUGCACGAUACUACUAUAUUUUGCGUGUUGUUUGAUGCAUGUCUUCUAACUCUCAAUUUUAUUCAUUUUGAUAAGUCCCGGUCCCUCCCAACAGUGCAGUUUGGUGUUUGGAUGAAUAACAACAACAACAACAACAACAACAACAAAAAUAACAGUUCCUUUGCUCUCCCUACCCCUCUGCCAACUCCUAUGCCUCCAACAUUUUCUCUUGAGAAAUCCCUCUUUGAACAUUUCCUGAUCCUAUCCUUGCCCCUCCCCCCCUUUUUUUUAAAUCAUUAUUCUUGUUCUUACGCUCCUCUCAUUUCUUCCUCUUCCUAUCCUAGAGAGAGUCCUGCUCUUCCUAUCCUCCUCUUCCUAAGUCUCCCAUGAACGCCGCGUAGCUAAUCGUUGCAUUUUUGUAUUUUAUCUGUAAUCUAUCUUGAUGGACUCUUGUUUAUUGUUCUUUCGCAACACCCUCACAGUAAAGCGCUGUCGCCACUCUAGAAUUAAGACUUCUUUAUUUAUUUCCACUUGAUUACUUUCGUUAGCAUUAUAUUGUCUCCUCUAACAAUGAUUGCCCUGUCGCUCACCGCUUUCUGAUCAUUUAUCAUAGAAGUUGCUGUUACAAUAGUCGUUGGACGUUUUCACCAGGAAAGACUGUUUGUCUCCCUCCUUCCGUACUUUCUACCUUUCUAAUUUUGCCUUUCAAGAGCACCUUCUUUUCAUCUUCUUAUUUCCGAUGAUUAUUUUUUCUCUCGCCUUUCCUCUCCGCCUCUGUUAUUAUUAUUAUUAUUAUAAUAAUUAUUAUUAUUUGGUCAUCUCUGCUUUCUCUAUCUGUUACGCCUUUUAGCCGUUGUUUGAAAUGUUGUGCUCCUGUUAAUUGGAUGUUCAAACCUGGGAAGCGUUUUUCAAAGCAUAUCGCUAUCUGGCGUCUGUUUCUAAACGUUCGAUUCCGUGCAACCAGGCUCUGAUUCAAGUUUUUCACUCAAAGCCAGAUGAUGUACAGUAGAGAAUUAAAGGAUUAGGAAUUCGCCAUUUUCCAAACGAGAGGGAUUUAGGCUGAGACUUGAUCUUUUGCAAAAGACAGUGGCACAUCUGGAGAUGAGUGCGAUGCCGAAGGCGUGACAGAAAGUCGAACGAGAAGGUAACAUUGUCAAAAGAGCUACGCUUUGAAGAACGCAUCUCUAAAAAAACAGUUUGAGGGGAAAAAGAAAAGAGCAGACUGAUCGGAAAGGACAUGAAGCCUCUAAACAAGAAUAUUUUAAGAAAUAGGUGAAUCAUUGUCGGGAUUGCAUGCUACUGCAUAGAUACACGUUUAAAUUAUGAUCGAACUAUACAGCAAAGAUACGCAUACUCAGACACUAUGGCAAAAGAAACUCAACAGAACACGAAUGAUUCUACAAUAACACGAAGCUUAGCCAAAGCAUGAAAGCUCACUCUGCUGUUCAUUGUGCCUUUUCCGAAAGGGCUGAAAUUUCGAUGUAGUGUGCAUGAAACACCAGAACCUUUUUCGGAAACUGUGCUUGUGUGCCACGCACCCAUGGACCCAUUAGACAGAAAUCAUAGAUAGUAUACAAUAGCAGACGACUCAUGUUCUUUCAGGUCAGCUGCCGGGAUUUGUAUUUUUCCCCCCAAAGUCGCUCUAAGGAUAAACUAGUUUACUUAAGUUGAAGUCUUAGAGUUAACAUAGAUGACUCAAGUUCCUUAGCGGAAUUUCAGAUGUUGAUCAAGGUUUGUGCUUUGACUUCCAGGAGUUCUCAUGAUCAAUUUCAUUCUAACGAAAAAAGACAAGAGAAGAGAAGUUGUCGGAGAUGAAGAAGAAGGCCAUAUUUUCACACGCUCCCUCCGCUAAUGUUGUUAUUGUUAUUAUUCAGACAAGUGCUGACAGAGAAAGAGAAAAUAGUACCGAGGCCCUGCGAUAGUACGUACGCUAUCACCACCUCACGUGGGCCAUAUGAAUCGCCAAUAGAUUUUGUCCGUUCUGGAGUCUGGGAUCUUAGUAACUGUAUGUUCAUCGUCUUUUGAGUUAGGCAGGGGAAUGUUCUAAACCCGUGGAAAUACUAUAAGCGUUACGCGUUUCCUUUGACGUGAAGUUCACAUUUGCAGUGAGGUGUGUAUCAAGUUAAGUAAGAGAACAUAAAACAAUUGUGAUACCCUAUAUUGACGAUUAGAUAUUAAUAGUUACGUUGUUAUCUCUGAAUUAAUACUAAUAUAAUUCUUACUAUUAUUGCUACUACUACUACUACUGUUACUAUUGUAUCUACUGAUAUAUAAAUAGCCUAUAGUUAUUAAAUCUGAGAAAAGAAGAAAGCAGAACCCGGCGCAUGCUGUUGAUACUCCAAACCCUCCUAAGCCGGUUCCAAGUUUCUUAAGGAAGACUUUCUGGCCGGUGGAAUAUAUCCAUUUCACGAUCUUUGCCUUUUUGUGCAUUUGUAAUGCUGUUAAAAUAUAAAGAGAGAAGAAUCAUAUGUUAAAUAUAAGCUUUUGCGAUAACGUUAUCAUCACUAGUAUUAUUGUUUGGUUUUGCUAUUUUGUUUUUGUCAUUUUCUCGUCCUUUCGCUGUUGAUGAAUCCUGUAGUUCAGUUGAACUUUCUGUCUCUGAUCCCCACUGGAUUUUGACCACAGUUUUCGAGUGUGUUGUUUUUGCAGACCACUCUUGCAAUCACUCACAUCUUUUCAUCUUUACUAUUUUACUACUUUUAUUAUUAAUCUAUACCGCCCGUAUAUUAAAUAACUCCAAAAGAUUUAACUUUGCUGAAUCAGUACUACUUUAAUACUCAAUUACAUACUAAAUGCAACCUUGCCCGUAGAUAGUAAGGAGCCCAUCUUAUUAUUUUUAUCAUCAUUAUUAUUAUUGAAUAAUGAUCAGCGUCACUAACAGUCCAAUCUCCUGUCCCCGUUUCCUACAAUGACGUCAAAAGUACAUCUCGUCCAAUCACAUGACCCGUUUCCUCUCAUGACGUCACUUCACUUCCCACCUGACGUCAGCUCAUGUCGUCCAAUCACAAGUCCUACUUCCAUUUGACGUCACUGAUUUUUGGUCCAAGCCAUUCUGCCAUCAAUCCUUUUUUUUCCCAACCAGCUCCCCCAUGACGUGUGUGGCCUUUAAAGAUCCAAAGAAAGAAUUAAAAAAAAAAAAUCCCUCAUGAAAAUUAAUUGUGACUAAUUCGGUUAUUCCAUUUUCAACUUUUUUCUCCAAAAUUUCACUGUUUUUCUCAAUCACACACUAACUAACCCCUUCUAAAAAAGAGGAGUUUUUGCAUUUUGCAUUGUCAUGAUCCUUGAGAGGUUUUUGACCUAGAUUGGUAACGAUUGAAGGAGAACCUUUGGGGCUGCAAACAUUGUCCUCCGACCAAAGCUGUUACAGGACGCAAGCUAUGGGUAUGCCUCUUCUCGUCACCCGUGAUAGAAGGUUUGAAUCAAAGGGUGAAAAGAAAAGGAAUAUGACAUGUGGCCGUCGUUGGCUACCUUCCAGCGUCCACGCGUAGUUCCACUCACAAGAGGAUAGUAUUUGCGGCGGCUUCGGCAGACACUUAAAAAAAAAAAAAAAAAAAAAAAAAUGUAUGGCUAAAAUUGGUAAAGAAAAAGAAAGAGAAAACGCAAGUGGACAGUGGCGCAUCAUUAGCGAGCAUUUGAUGAAUGAGAAACGAAACCACGUCUCCCGAAGUGACUUGAGUUCCCAAGUUCAGUCUGAAAUCGAGUUGAUGUCAUCCAUAUAACUCGCAGCGGUCGGUGGUACUGGCUGUUGUCACAAACAAAAUACACUCGUGGGAGAUACUAAAAGCAAACCGGGAGCUCUCUCACAGCGAAGAGUCUUUGCGAACUGGUUAGCGAAUGGACUAAUGAAAGCAGUCGGCGAGCUGGCACACACACGGGCAGCCAUCAUCAUCAUCAUCAUCGCCCUGUCGUCUUGACAUCAGCCUUGAAAUCUGCCCCCCGAGAAGGAGCUAGGGGCACUGCAACCGCCUCUUGCCUAACUGGGGGCAAAGGGCGGAAGGAUCCCUCUCACUGCUCGGACACGGCAGUAGUUAGCGACUGCCUAAGGCUGAAAGAGAAUUGCAGAAGUGACUGUGAUGCGUGUAAGGCGCUGGGCUCAUCACAAGCGACGAUGUGCGGCGGCCAUUGCUGAAGGCUUCCGCCGGGUCCCGUUGCUGCGACUACAAUCAUUCGUGGUUAAGAGGACACCGUGCGUUGUAGAAAAAGCUGUCUGUCUCUCGCUCCUCGACGGAAUAUGUUAAGCAUAAAAAAGAAAGUAAAUAAAUAGGCCAACCGUAGGAGGUUCCUGUUGUUAACUGAAACGCUCCAGGGUCUCCCCCUAAAGGGGUUUGAGGGGGACGAGCUGAUGGAGGUCCUUCUCUUGGCCUUGGCCCCCUCCCCCACCCUCUCUCUCUCCCCCCCACUACCCCCCUCCCAGUGCUUCUUCUUCUAACCAUAAAAAUGACAACAAAUAAAAGAACUUUCCCGUCAUUCUACUUCUUCAAAGCUAAGCCGAAAGUCGCUCUCAGACGUUUCAAACGUAGGUCUUGUCAUUAGAUUUCUGGUCUAGCCGUGGCCAUUCCCUCCAGCUAAUUCCCAUCGACAGGAUUAGACAAUUGAAGGAGGCGUUCCGGGCGGGUGACUUUAGCCUACAAGCGGGAGACAACACGAGAUCAUCUUACUAGAGGAAUGUUUACUUUCAAGAGAGAAGAGCGGUGUUCUGGAAUGUCUGUUCUGCUUGCAGCAAGAGAUGGAAGGAAAAGUGUAUGACGGAGAGAAACUUGAAUAAACUGGAAGGUUUCUGGGUCAGAAGCCCCUUUAGCCACGACUCAAACAUCCAAGAAAAUACAUUUGGUUCUCAUUUUUUGUCUCCCAAUGGUUGGAAAGGAUGGCAAGAGGACAAGAAACGGGGGAGGCCAUAGCCACUGUGACAAUAACAUAUUAUAUAACAAUAACUAAAUUGAGUAAAUUAAGAAAAAAAAGAAAGGUGGACGACGGGAAGUUUCGAUAUUCAAGAGGUUCAACGGAGCUGCUUUUCAGAUGACAAGUUAUCGAAAGUUUUGUCUGCUUGUAUUUCUUUAAAAACUUUACAAAAAUAUAAAAGGCACAUGGGAAGGAGUUUACUGAACAGUACAUGGAGUGAUAUUGCUUAAGAAAGUUUUGAAUCAAAGCAUUGUUAUCUUAAUAUUAGCCUAGUUUGUAAAUAUAUAUAACGGUAAUAAUAAUCCAAAUGGAAUUUUACUGGGGACACAGGCGAUGUGUCCGUAAUUGUGAUUUAAUUAACAUUAUUCGUUACUCAUUUGUUUCACUUUGGCAUUGUUGCAGUGAUAAUAACAAUGAAAUACAAUGCAAAAUCGAUAUGUGUUGUACCUUUAGUGUUCUUUUAACUUCAUAUCAUCUCGGCCCUGUUUGUUUUUUUUUACUAUUAAAUUUUGUUACACUUCGACUUGUGAAGUAUAUCAGUAGAUUGUUGAGAUGUUUUCCCUUUUAUAAUACGGUAGAGUAAAAGGCAAAUAAACAUAGAGCAGUGUUCUGUAGGGAAAAGUGCUUUUUGAUGUUAACGAAUUGUUUUGAUUUCGUCAUUGUCUUCACUCGGAAACUCCUUGAUGGAAGAUGAAAAAUUAUUGAAAAACUUUUGUUAUAUUUACUUGAAAUCAAACUAAAUCAAACGUUUUUUUCAUAGUCUAUUAGACACAAUAGAUGUAAGGUGUACGUGCUUCAUAUAUAUCUAUGUAUGUUCAUAUGAGGCAAGUUUCUUGGAGUCAACUUCAGCAAAAAGCUCUUUACUACAGAACCGACCUCAGGAUACCAUAACUGUCAAGGUGUUGCAUUUUUUGAUAGCAAUCCAUGUACAUAUCUUGUAGUUAUGUGUAAAUCUGCAGUAUAGAACAUGCCAUAGUUUUCAUUUGGUUGAAUGUCCUUUAGUCAUUUGCAAAAUAGGUGCUAUUAUUAUUUCGUUAGAGGACAAGAAGGGCAACUAUGUAGAACUGUCAUAAGAGAAGUAGGGCUGGUCAUUCCGUCAUCUAGUUGUAUGCUUUACCGAUUAUCAUGUAACUUUUUCCAACUGUUGAUUGCAUACAUAGCGAGAGAAAAUAGAAAAUGUAUUAACUGUUUACUCACUGGCUUUUGAUCAGAUUUAUAUAAAUUUUAUUUUUUUUAAUUCCAAAAUGUAUGAUGGGCACUUUUUACUGCACUCCUGUUAUUCACAUCACACCUAAUUAACUUUUUAAGACAAGGUGUUUACAUAUUUUGAUUAGAGAUUUGAAGGAGUGAUAUUCGAUUUUAAUCUUAAUAAAAGUGUGUCUAGGAAGAUGAUUCCAAGGAGUCUCGAUUUUACUUGAAGUAAUACAUUCCAUCAAUAAAGGUGUUCUUCGUUACAGAAGUUUUCAGAUAUAUUCAGGGAUGGUUUACACUCUGUGGAUGUUGAUAUUCGAAGAACUAAUUUUUUGGUCUUUUAGAGUUGAUGCAAUUAGACUUGCAUGAUUCAUAUCAACGUAGAUGCUUUUUCAUAAGUGAUUUAAGAUACCUCUGCUUUCAUGGCUCUUAGAUGUUGUCUUCGAUUGGAGACGAGGAUUUUGUAGGGAUACCUUUUCAAUACCUCCAUCCAUAGAUAAAUGUCACAGAUAUCAAGGCUUAUUUAUUUGAUGGUAAACCAGAACCAGGUAGUAAGCGAUGCAGAAUUUUCUUCUUAGACACAGCCAGCCAGACUGUUGAUAAUCCUUAUGACUGAGAGUUUUGCACUUAUACGUGAUAGGUAGUGUUCAGAAUUGGUAAAAGAAUUCUUGGGAUAGUUUGUCUAUUAGUCAGAAUCGUUCCUCAAAAUAAAAACUGUAAUAAGCUCUUAUGUGAUUGCUUAUGUAAUGAUCAGCCUUACAGAGAGCGCAUGUGUUAUUGUUUAUACUUUUACUUUGUUAAUUACAUUCAUAGCUGUUUCAUAUGCUCUAUAAUCUUUAGAUAUAUAUUUUUCACCAGUUAGCUUUGUUGGCGACCAAUGAAUUUUGAGGAAGUGUUCUUAGUGGUGUACAGACCAUACCCAGAAAAUCUGAGCACUGUCGCAGGGUGUUGGCCUACAGCACGUUCUACAGGGCAAUAAGUCUUCUCUUGGUGGCUGUGUUUCAUUGGCAUUUUAAUCAGGAUUGAACCCAAUUGAUGGAAAAAUCCGUUUUCAGUUGAGAAUAAACUUAAAGUUUUUCUUGCAUUAUAUGAUUAUAAAUUUUUCAAGUGCAGCAUUCGUUGAAAGAAAUUUCGAAUCCACAUAGUCAAGGCACGGAAAAAAAUGAGUUUCAUUACUCUUUUGGCAUAAGACGAAGUGAAAUCUUUCAAGCCGAAUCCAAACGUUUCACCAAAGAAGUUUCUGUGCCCUAUAACACGUGCUUCUAGUUACCAUUGCCACCAUUAAACCAUAUAUUCCAAUUUUUCCCUCCAUUUCAUAUAGAUAUUCUAAAGUUUGUUUUAUUUACCUAUGUGAAUGUUGCUAGGCUACUUAACUGCUCACUAUGUCUCCGGUAAGUAUUGAACUCUUACCAAAAAGAAUAAAUAUAUCACUUCAUGGUUGGCCCUGUUACUAUUUAAGCCAGAACAAAUUGUAAGAUUAAUUUGGAUCAAAGAGAAUAGUGAGCAAGAAAGAGCCCAGGCAGCAGCCCUGAAGGUGUGAAUUUACUACUCAGACUUUUAGACACCUGAGCCAUGCCAAUCCAAAGGGCCACUUAUAUCCAUUUUCAUCAUUUCUGUGGAAGUAGAGAAGUACCUAAGAAUAUCAGAAUAUUAGCUUAGCCAUGGCUGUUCCUUGGAUUGACGUUGCGCAAGUCACUAAUAUCUGAAGCAUGAAUUUAUUGAAGCCAGCCUGUUUUCUAGGCUUGGAUGCAAUCCUAGUAGAAGCAUUUUUAUUGAAAUAUUAUAGACUUGUACAUACAUAUACUUUUAGCAAAAAGUGAGGCGUCUUCAAACUUAAAAAAAAUGGAUAUUCGAAUCAUUAGAAUAUGCAUACAUUAUAUAUUAUAUAUAUAAGCAUAAUGCCUAUAUUAUGAUGCAUCAAGAUGCCUUAACUCUAGCUGGAUUACUUACAAGAGAAAGGCGUGCAAGAGCUUUUUUUAUUAGUGGCGUCACACUACUUGCCCAUCAACGAAGUGUUUAUUUUCACAAAGAAUGAGAAUCUCGAGAACUCAAGUUAAUCAAGAAUAUGAUAAUGAGAAGUAAAAAAAAAAAAAAGAAAAUAGCAUAAUGGUUAGACCUUGAAGACCCGGAGGACUUGUCUGGCACCUCCCUCACUUGGUUAAGGGAUUUGAGCUUCCCCAGUCACCAUCAUCAUUAUGCCAUGGCUGGUCUUUCGAGUACUUGGACAAACUCAUUCUUUUCAUUAUUUUAUAUAGUUUUAGUCAUCCAGUUUAACAUAUUUACCUUUUUCCAUAUAUUCAUUAUUUUACUUUGUUAUUGCUGCAGUUGAGGAAUGAUUUUCUUGUUUUGUAUUGUUUAAUCAUCAUCCAUCACUUUAGUCAUUACAAAGGCAAUAUCAGAUGAAACUUUUCAGGCCUUGAAUAUGAGACAGCCGUCAUUUGGUGCAUGAGCCAUUUCUUCGAAAGUGUAACCAGCUCACUGUGUCGUCUCCAAGUUUGUUUUAUUAAAGUUGUCUUUUCCCCUUCUCAUUAAGUUUCGCAUGAGGUUAAGAUUAAAUCUUGGUCAAACUUAAUUAUUGGUAAUCAAAAUACGAUAAUUUGAUAUUUCUAAGGAACAGUUUAUUUUUAUGACGAAAAUUACUUGGAAGUGUCCAGCACCUUCCGUUUUCACCAGCUCUGGGGACAGAACUAGAAAUGGCUCAAAAACAGUUUCAACAUUUACAUAGAAAUGUAAAAUUUGUACCUUUAUUCCCUUCUACGGUGAGAAAAUUGUACUAUGCCUCGGCACAUGCAUUGGUUUUCAUAUUCAAUCCAUUUUUGAUGCACGAAUUCCAAUAUAUAGAAGUGAAAUGAAGCAAAUAAUAGAACAGCUUUGAAAAGCAAAUUUUCUCCACGUUGUACUGCACCAGUAAUCAGUCACAUCAUGAACUUUUGUGAAGUCUUGAGAAAAGAUUUUGUAAGCCUUUUUAAGGUCUUUUUUCAUGCAAGAAGUAUAUAUAUAUAUUCAUAUUUGUAUUAUUCGCUCUAAGCAACGGCCAGAAUUUGUAACUCAUGCAUACACAAAAAUUAUUCCUCAAUAGAGCUGUGGAUUUUGACGAACUGUUUAGAAUUUAUACUCCAUAUGAUGGUGAAUACGGUACCACACUAACAGAUAUUAUACUUUGGAUUAUCAUAAAUAUUUCUUUUUCAGGAAAAUCUUAUUUUAGUUUCAUCAGAAAUAGAAAUUUAUAUAUAACUUUCGUCAUAUUCCACAGUGUUCAUCGUUUUGUUCUUGAUCGUAUGUUGCUUGCUAAAGUUGAGAUGUUUCACCGCAGGUCGUAUGAACUGCUUAGACAUUCCUUAGGGAAGUACAUAAUGUCCUAUAAGAAUAAAAUGUAAUGUAGUGUUACCAAUUCGGAAACUAUUUUUACUAUAAUACUCAUUUAAAUUAUGGGACUCAAAAUAAAUAAAUAGGGAUUAUCAGGGUCUUUACCAUACGCCACAGAAUCAUGAAUUCGAAAAAAUUUAGGGAUUUUAAUCAUUUGUUACGUGAAUUAGAUUUGCAGUUGGCCCAAAACUGCUUUGGUUUCUAGUGCAUUAUGACCUGCAGUGUUCAUCACAACACUCCAGUUACAGUUGAUGACAGUAGCCCACGCGUCAAGUGAUUAUUAAAUAAUCAACGCAAUAUAAUCAUCAUUGUUGAUCAUUCGCUUUGUAAUUUUAAUAAAUUUUUAUAUACUUA